GGCUCAGAGCUUGGGCAAGAAAUUAUAUCAUCCCCAGAUAUCCCAUUGCUGCUCGAACUCUUGGGUACCAUGAGGCGGAAUCGUGGAUGAUUCGGCUGCUUCUGCGCGUCGAGGCCAUAGUCUUUGGUAGAAUUCCCAGGUAGAUGGCGUGCCAGGCUGAAACUGGCGACAGGGCAUUGAGCGUACCUUGAGAAUCGCCCAGCAGUAAAUAUCGGGAGGGAAUUGGAUGACAUUCACUGCCAGCGGAUGGAGAGAUUUGUGUGUGUUGGAGGAAAGAGGUGGAAGGCAGAAGGCCGCGAAGAGAACAACGCUGGGAGACUCUCGGACACUCGGCCGAGGUUUCACCGGAACUCAAAAAAGUCUCCCGUCAAAUCUACAACUACAAAUUGACACACAACCCGAGGGCAACCCUUUGACAAGAUGUCUUCCAAUACUCGACCCUUUCAAGUCAAGUCUGAUGCCCAGGGAAACACGGUCGACGUUCAGAUUGGUGAGCUUCCUGGAAUUGUAGCAGAAAACCUCGGCUUGGCAACUUGGGGUGCUGCAGUGGUAUUGGCAGAUGUGCUUUAUCGCUGGACCGAGGACAUCAAGAGAACAAGAGCAGAAGUGGAGGAUCUGAAAAGAAAGGACAUAUCCAAGCAUAUCCCGAUACUGGAAUUGGGCGCCGGAACCGGACUGGCAGGCUUGACCGCAUCUGCACUUUGGAAUCUUCCGGCAAUACUCACGGAUCUUUCACCUGUGGUGCCAGGUAUUGCACAUAACAUAAGUCUGAAUCCAUCUCUAGAGGCCUAUGCUGGGACACUAGACUGGACGUCUCCUUCGACCUUGAACAUUCCCUCCUCGUCUCCUGGCAACGAUGCGAUAACACUCUCUUGCGAAGCCACAAAGACCUCUAUCCUGCUCGCGGCGGACACAAUAUAUACUUCUGCUCAUGCAAAACUCAUCUCUUCUACGACUUUACAUUGGCUCGCACGUACUCCAUAUGCAAGGGCGAUAUUCUGUUAUCCCCUGCGAUCAUCGUAUAUCGAGCACGCGAGAGACCUCUGGAAAGAGAUGCAGGCCUCUGGCUUCGUCUGUGUUGAAGAAGGGCGAGAACAGGCCAAAGAACUGUGGGGCGAGAUAGCUCCUGUGCCAUAUGAGUGGUGCGUGUGGGGCUGGAGAGUUUUCCAUCCAGAGGCUGUGGCGAGAGAAGAGGCAGAGAAGGUGGAUGGCGAAGGAUGGUUGGCGAUGUGAUUGAACAGCAUUCAACACAACGAGUUGUGCUGGGGGGACCUGCGACUGCCGUUGAUACACAAGGGCCGGCAGAUCUGAUUCGAGAUUCUCAUCGAUCGCAUCGCUACUGACAACACAUCCACAAUUUCCACCCGCGAGCGACGUUCAAAUCCGUCCAACUCGCACGAGAGAGCAUUAUCGCUCGAGUCGUGGAGAGCAGACUUGCACAAGAGCCACAUAUAACGGCUAAUUCACGUCCACAUCUCAGCUUUCUGAACGAAUAUGGGUCCAUCGCCGACAUUGGGCAUGAGAACAUGAAGUCGAAGUACGAAGCAGAUCAGUAAUCUCGCAUCAUGUCGCUUAGCAGUCACACAACGACUAAUGUGAGAUAGGAAGAUUGUCACACCAAACAUUCACUCGGCGUACCCAUGAGCAUGUGAUUCUCCGUUGA